AUAACGGAAAGGAGGAGUUUUUUAACUAAGUGAAGAAGUAAAACAUACUACAGUAGGCUACUAUUUCCUGACGCAUCACACACCUGAGUGAUUUUGGUGGUUCGAUCCAGGAUGAAGUGAAGUAAUGUGCCGCAAUAUUGAAAUAAUUCGGAUAUCUGAAACAAGCUUGAAUGGAAUACCCUGAUUGCUAUUUGUAAUGUGCGCUUUUAGCCACGACUUAAACUGUUCCCAGGGCAGUUUUGGGGGAAUGGAGAUAUUAGUCAGAGCUGCGUAAUGGGUUAAUAUGCCCGUGGAUAUUGGCUACGUUUUGUCUUCACUCUUUUAACGACAACGCAGAUAACAAGUAAAUAAUCAAUAAAUAAAAACCAUGCACCAUCUAAAUCCGUGGAGAUAUGGCAUGCAUUCUCCUCUAUAGCCGAGUUGCGCCGUCUUCAUAUAGGCAUACCAGGACAUGCGUCUGCAUAUUUUCCCUAUCUCUAUCACUAUCAUAUAUAUGCUACUGUCUCUUAUUUUCUUCUGAUGCUAUCAUGCAAAAACCAAGUGAUCCAACGCAGAACUGCCUGCGCCUCAAGAGUGAUGGAGGCAAAAAACUUCAGCAAAAAUCUCCUUACUGCACUUUGCCAUUGGACGCGAGAGCGACAAGGGAAAUAUCUCUCCAUGAAGCGAACCAAAGCAACGCCUCGGUUAAUCACAACACAGUUCGGAAUUUCACAUCAGACCGUCCUACCACUAACAACAUGGGCAGUGGGAAGUUCGGGAAUAAGAAGUUGCCAAAUGCCAUCAUUGUCGGUGUUAAAAAGGGCGGCACAAGAGCUGUCUUGGAGUUUAUCAGAAUCCAUCCGGACGUACGGGCGGUCGGCACAGAAACGCAUUUUUUCGACAGGAACUAUGACCGUGGACUAGACUGGUACAGAUGCCUGAUGCCACGGACUAUGGAGAGCCAGAUCACCAUGGAGAAGACUCCCAGCUACUUUGUAACAAGGGAGACACCCCGCCGGAUCUCCGCCAUGUCCCGGGACACCAAGCUGAUUGUGGUGGUGCGCGACCCUGUCACCCGGGUCAUCUCUGACUACACGCAGACCCUGUCCAAGACACCCGACCUUCCCAGCUUCCAGGAUCUGGCCUUCCAGAACCAGAGUUUAGGAUUGGUUGACACGUCUUGGAAUGCCAUCCGCAUCGGCAUGUACGCUCUGCACCUGGAAAACUGGCUCCGCUACUUCCCCCUGUCCCAGAUCCACUUCGUCAAUGGGGAGCGGCUCAUCACGGACCCGGCUGGAGAACUGGCGCGGGUUCAGGACUUCCUGGGUCUGAAACGCAUCGUCACGGACAAACAUUUCUACUUCAACAGGACCAAAGGAUUCCCCUGCCUGAAGAAACCAGAGAGCAGCAGCUCACCCCGCUGCCUGGGCAAGUCUAAAGGUAGAACCCACAUUCAGAUAGAUCACGACACUAUCGAGCAGCUACGGGACUUCUACAGACCAUACAAUGUCAAGUUUUACGAAAUGGUGGGUCAAGAUUUUAGAUGGGAAUAAAGAUUUGUGGGGAGGUCCGCAAUUUACAAGUGGCACAAGGAGAGACAAGAUGUCAUCCAUGAAUGUAUGCACAGUUUAAAUGUUUUUUUUGUGUGGUUCUAUGGACCUCCUGUUUGGCUGUUGGUAAUAGUGUGGCUCUAGCUAAGUCGUGGGUCCAAGUCUCGAAGGGAUCACAUACACAUAUUUAAAAAAUAUGUACAGUGCAUUCGGAAAGUAUUCAGACCCCUUCCAACAGGACAACGACCCUAAGUACUGAGUAAAGGAUCUGAAUACUAAUGUAAAUGUGAUAUUUCAAUUUAAAUGUUUUUAUAAAUUGGCAAAAUUGGCAUAAAUUCAGGUUUUUGCUUUGUCAUUAUGGGAUACAGUGUGUAGAUUGAUGAGGGGGAAAAGACAUUUAAUCCAUUUUAGAAUAAGGCUGUAACGUAACAAAAUAUGGAUAAAGUGAAGGGGGUCUAAAUACUUUGAAUGUACUGUACUUACUGUCCUGUUUGUCGCUUUAGAUAAAUGUCCGCUAAAGUUUUGAAAAUCUCUUGGCCUUUUCCUGCUGACUAGCUUUCCUCUGUUGCCGACUAAAUAUAUAAAAUAAGCCAAUGUCAUGGGAUAGAUGCAACUCCCCUCACUAAUCUCAGCUGAGAUUAGGGGCAAGACCAUGGAACAUGUGAGCAUCAUCUUCAGAGAGGGAUAUUAUUGUAAAAGAUAAAUGGCACUCUGGGCUUGAACUAAAAACUGAAGUGGGAGCUGGGAAGCCUCUGUCGAUUCAUGUACUGUAUACACUGAAAAACAUUCUUGCUGUUUUGACAGUAUUAUACAAUAAAACUAACAGUAAAAUACCAUAUUAAUUAUUUACAGUAAACAUUUCAGAACUGACAUUCAUUGAUAUGCUGUAAUAUGCAAACACAUUACCUAGCAGCCAACCUGCUUGCACCAAGCCCAUGCAAUUAUGGUCAAAUACUGUAAAAUACAAACCCCAUCUCCCCUCAAUUAAUUUAAAUAAUUCAACUAUUCAUUAAUUGAUUCAUUGUGAUUACCGUAAAACAUAUUACAGUAAUGCACUGUACUGUUGUUUUACAGUAACUUACAGGCAGCCAGUUGUCUGUAAGUUACCAUAAAACAAUGGUAAAAGAUUACAGUAACAGUAUUGGAUACCGUGACAUACAGCACAGUUACAUACUGUAAGUAAGUAACCAGUAAGUUACCGUAAAAACAACAGGAAAGAUUUGACAGUGUACAGCAAAGCGCAAAUAGCACAAAAACAUCAUAUUUCCAAAUAAUUUGUUUCUGAUUUUAACUGUGGACUAAAUGAGCAAUUAACCAGUAUCAUUUCAUGGAUAAGAAUGAUGUAACAUGUAAGACUUUACUUCUGCUUUUGAUGAUGCAAGGUCCCUUUUCAUGUUUCAAUAAAAAAAAUUACUUAAGAAAUAUAAUAUAUAUAAUCCCCCAAUCCCCGCAAGAUCAAAUCAGAUCAAUACUUUAUGAGCCCUUCUCUGUCAGUGAAGGUCACCUCUAAUACAGUGGCCUCACUUCUGUUUGAAUUUAGACAUUUCGCCCUUUUCCCAAGGUAACCCAUACACACUUUUAUCCUCUUGCCUUUUACAAUCUUACUCACAUCAAUCUCCGCUAAAUCAAAAGGUUGGUGUCACAAUUGAAAACUGAAGUGUGUGGCCGUACCAUCACAGCUACACGGUCUAUUUGGACAAAUCAUUUCAGCUCAUCAGACUAUAGAAAUUAGAUUUUUGAUUGUCCUUUUUUCGUGAAUCCCGUGAAUAAAUAGCUUUCUUAUUA